AUGGCAGUCAUCUAAAACUCAUGACAUAAUCUGACGGAAGAUCAACCAAAAAUUGUCUUCAAGUCAAGUGUUGCCUACAUUCUAUUGGUCAUCGUAGUUAAUGUGCUUCAUCACGAAAUUCUCUUUGGCACUUCAUGAACGAGAUUCAGAUUAGUACGAGACAUUAUAUGUUGCUUUCAAUUGAUUUCCGGCGCACUCCCACUAUUCCACAUCGUUCCAAGAUGUAUGACCGUGGCUAUAAAGGUUAUGAGUCCGUCUCUACUUGAUGGCCUCUCUCUUCCUAUCUACUCGACAUCUAUUCACAAUAGCACGCAACUACUUUUACUAAAAUUAUAAUUAUGAUCCCUCACAUUUCAAACAUUAGUACUGUUCUUGCACUUAGUAUCUCUUUGGCAACAGCUUCUGUUCUGCCAAAGGAUAGUCAGGUUAGCAAUUCGACCAAACAAUGGACGUUCGAUGAAAUUCCAGCUUCAGCCGAUCUCAUCUGGUAUCCAUGUUUUUUGGACUAUUCCUGUGCCAUGUUGAAUGUUCCUCUUGAUUAUUCUAAACCAAGCGGAACACGUGCCUCCGUUCCGUUGAUCAUGAUAGCUGCCCAGAAUAAUUCAACUGAUGGUCCAUACCAAGGAAUGCUUCUCACUAAUCCAGGUGGUCCUGGUAAUGCAGGUGUUGAUUUUCUUCUCGAAGAUGGAUACUCAAUUCUACUUCCGGUCAUAGGAACCAAUUAUGACGUUGUAGCUUUUGAUCCCAGAGGAAUGGGUCGUAGUAUUCCACUCGCGGAUUGUUCGUCUUCCAGUUCAUCCAAACUCCGUCGACGGAAUUUUGGGCUUUCGGGACCGGAAUUGGAUACAUCCUAUUGGACUGAGGAGUUUCAAACUGCUCUGCAGUUUGGAGCUGAAUGUAAUGCAACAUUGGGAGGGCCAGAUGAGGCUGGACAGCAUAUGUCUACAGCGGUUCUUGCUGCAGACAUGCUCAGUAUUGUUGAUGCUUUUGCUAAGACAAAACGUGGUCAAGAUGUCAGCUCAUCAUCUCUGCUCAACUAUUGGGGGUUUAGUUAUGGGUCUUUCAUUGGUGAAACAUUUGCGUCAAUGUACCCAGGACGAGUUGGUCGGCUUGCAGUUGAUGGUGUUGUCGAUCCCGAGGAUUACAUUUCUGGAACAGAAUUGAAGGAUAUUUACUUAGAGGAUGCCGUGAUUGACUCCUUUUUCACAUAUUGUCAUUUGGCAGGUCCUUCACUCUGUGAUUUCUACACAGGUAACAGCUCUAAAGAUAUUCAUACUCGCUUUGAAAAUAUUUUCCUCCCACUCAACGCAUCAUACGCUUUCGCCCAGAACUGGACAAAUGCCACCACCAUUCAAGAAUCUCUCGAAUCCAUCAAAUCUACAGUCAGGUUGACGGCCUAUACACCUAUUAACUCCUUUCCUAUCCUCGCUACCCAACUCGUUGCGUACGAAGCCGCUCUCUCAAAUUUGACCUUCUCCGCGAUCGAAGCUGCAAGUAGUAUUGGUGCCACAACAACCAACGUAUUAGGUACUGUUCCCCAACUAACCGAAUGGUUUAUCGGUGCAUUCUGUGGUGAAAUUCCUUCGGUUUAUGGAAAGACAUACGAAGAACUCAAACCACAUAUCGACACGAUUGAAGAGGAAAGCUUCUUGACUGGAGAGAUAUGGGCUACAACUCUAGUACUAUGCUCAGGGUGGCCUAUCACUGCAACUUGGAGAUUCACUGGUCCCUUUGGUGGUGAUACAAAGAAUCCUAUUUUGUUCAUCAGUAACACCCUCGAUCCAGCCACCCCUAUUGGGAAUAGUCAAAAAUUGGCGCCGAGAUUCAAAGAUGCUCAGAUACUCACAAUAGAAGCUAUUGGUCACACUUCGAUGGCAGCCAACAAUUCUUGUGCAAAUGAGAAGAUAUAUCACUACUUUCAAACUGGUAAUCUUCCGGGUCAUGAUUCAAGAUGCGUUGUAGAAGUUGGGCCUUUUGGGGUUACUCCUGAGAGUUCGGUUGUUGCUGAAAAAGACUAUUAUUAGAAUAAUGGUUGUAAGAGUACUAUUUGGAUUCUCAUGGUUUCGAUAGUUGAUCUUAGUCUUCAUUCGGAAUUCUUAGAAUUGGGGAAAAGGAUGAAAAGCAAGCAUCUCCUUGUAUUUUUCUAAUCUCUGUAAUCAUUCCA